UUGUAAUGCUGGACCAUGCCGGGAUUAUGACUGAAAUUAUGUAUGUUAUAAUGUUUAGCGAUGUAUUUCAUGUGCACAUACCCACUAGAAAUUACAACACACAUAAUAAUUUCGACAAUAGCUCUGAUAUAAUCCAGCGCGAAAAAUUAUUGUAAUAAUGGGUACUGCAAUAUUUAUUAUACAAUAUAUUUUCUCCAUGUAGAUUACAAUUUAAUGAGCAAGAGACUAACAACUUACUACGCCUGUUAUAGAUCCAGUCUAAAAGUUACAGAACGCGGCCCCAUCGGGACUCAAUUCUGGGCGCUAAAUACGUCUUUCCAACCCCCAAGCUGAAGCAACGCUAAACGUGACGCUCGUAAGAAAAACGGAACUUGGAAUUAAAAGGGGUGAAGUGACGUUCGUCAUGCGUCCGGGACAGAAUCCUCGUCUCGUCGGGAUUGCGCAAGCGAGCGUUCCUCCUGCACACGACGAUGUCGCGCGACCGCAUCUUCAACGAUGAGGAAGAUUCUUCCGCGAGAUGCUCGAUUAUCAGCGGAGUUAAUAGAAGUGAAAUGCAAAGCGGCGACGAACGAGCGUUCGCUGGAUACGGUGGGACAUUAUAGCGGUGCACACCGACGUUUUCGCAGCCGCGCGCGAGUCGUUCUCGAAUGAAUCUUGAAUGUACCUUCCUCUUGUGCCCCUUUUCGUUUUUUCUUUUCUUCUCAACGCAACGUCGCUUUAUCCCGGAAAAAAAGAAAACCGGCUGAUGUGUGCGUGCGUACGUGUGUGCACGCCUGUUUGCAGGCAUGCGCGUGCAAAAACGUAUAUAUUAUAAUGACCACACACACACACACACACACACAAAACGAGUCGCUUUACACGCUUGUAUAUCUCGCAGUAAUAACGUAACGUACGCACGUGCACACCGUACUUAUAUAAUACAAAUACGAGCACACAUGUCCGAAAGAUUGCGCAACACAACGGCUUCAAUCGGUGCGUUUGUUAAUUGGAAAGUACAAGUUAUGCAUUCGUAUUCGCGCAUUCGCGCAGGAAAGUACGGUGGAGUGCGGGGAAGGGAAGAAACGCCGGCAAAGCGAGAGAGUUGGGUCGCGCGUGCGCGCAUUCCUAACGUUAGUGUUAAUUAAUAUGGAACCGUCGGGCUGUAAUAGAUGUAAGAUGAUUGAGGAUUAAUUAUGCGCCGCAUUAUGCAAGCAUCGCGUUGCCGAGCAAUGCUCGAGAUCGAAAUACGCCCACCGCACGCGUGCGUGCAUGCACGCGCGCAUGUCCGCGCGCGAUCGAAAUAGAAAAACUAUUUUCCCACUCGAUAGUGACGAAGGAUAGCCUUUUGCGUGUGUGUCUCCCAAGGAUAGAAUCUGGUGAGGCUAUCUUGUCAACGUUAAAAAUAAAUGCGAUGAAUUCGCUCGCGGUUUGUUGCAUACUACCGGCGCGCCUUCUUGUGUAUGGGAUUCGUGCGAGGAAAACUAUUUGGUGCUCAUCGCACUGGUCACGGCGUCGGGGAUGUUCGCAUUGGCGAAUGCCGUGGACGUUGAGAUACCGGCGCAGUGCCCCGAGCAGCAUGCCGAGAACACCAUGAUCCGUCUGAAGCACGAGUCCGAAUGCAGCAAGUACUACGAGUGCUUACAGGGUAAGAAGAUCUUGAAAGUUUGCCCGUACAGAAACGAGUACAACGACAGGCUGCACUUCAACCCCGCGCUGCAGGCUUGCGCCUGGCCGGACCUCACGAUCUGCGAGGACGCGAAUGCGAACCAGCCGCGCGUGUGUCCGGGGGACCUGAAGCGCUGCAUAGGCAUACCGGAUGAGAAAUAUUGCGACAGAUACUACCUGUGCGACCACGAUCGCCAGGAGGUGCGCAGGUGCGCAGAGGGUCUGCACUUCAACCCGGCCACCCAGAUGUGCGAUUACCCGAAGAACGCCGGCUGCGAAAUAAGCUGCGUAUGGACGUGUUGCCCGCCGAAGGGCUCCAAGGUGAAGGUCCGGCUGCCGCACGAAUGCUCCUGCAGCCAGUACUACGAGUGCAAGGACGGCGAGUAUGUCUCCGAAUCGUGCCCGAAGGGCGAGCACUUUGACAACCGGCUGAAGCGGUGCCGACCUGCUGACGAGGCCGGCUGCAUCGUCCGGCCGAUGAUGCCGCCGAGCGAGGCCCUCGUCAAAUGUCCCGAGAAUAACGCCGGCGGAGCCGUGAAGCUCUCUCAUGAGCUCGACUGCGGCAAGUACUACGAGUGCGUCGCCGGCGAGAUGAUCCUGCGGAGUUGCAGCGACGGUUGCAGCUUCAACCCUCUUCUCGGGGCCUGCGACUUCCCGAAGCACAUACCGUGCAACGUCAGUCGUUGCUGCAGUCCUCGAGCGUUCGUGGUUCAGCCAGCGACCCCGAAACCGUCGGACGAGAAUAAUCGUCGAAUAGUCGACGUGUUACCUUUGGAAAAGGACCCCGACUGCCCCGCCGAGGGCACCGUCAAGAUACCGUACCCGACGAACUGUACCAACUAUUACCUAUGCGAGAACGGCUGGAAAACGAUUCACGAGUGUCUCUGGGGCCUGUACUUCAACCCGAUCAUCAGCGAGUGCGACUGGCCGCACAAUGAGAUAGUAUGCAACCCUCAUCCGAAGGAUUUGGCAUUGUUGCGAACGGGGGUGUCCGUGAGCGAGGAUGACCCGGACAAGGUCGUUUGUUACGGCGAAUGCCCGUUCCCCGAUCCGAUGGACAGAACGAUACACUUGCCGGCGAAUGACUGCACCAAGUUCUGUAAGUGCAGCAAUGGCGUGCCGUACCCUAAGAAGUGCCCGAAGGGUUUGCGCUUCAACAGGAAAGAGCAGGUCUGCGACUGGCCGUGGGCGGUCAAGUGCGAAGACGAUCUCGCGGAAAACACGGUUGCGAAUCUGGCGGGGAAUAGCUGAGAGGACAGGGAGUGCGACUCUUCCAUCGUCUCCGAGAUUAUCCCGCCGAUCCUUCAGGAAUUACACUCGGAAAAAGAAUUGGAGAUACGGAGAAAAAUAACUUGCUGGCGUAGUAAAUUUUAUAUUGUCACGACAAAAUCUGCGGUAGCAACGAUGGUUUCGUUACGAAAAUUAUCUUUCUCCGUGUAGGAGCUAAAAUAGUAACAAACUAAUGUUGGUUACUACCGCAGCUAAAUUUAACAGCUGUUUAAAUUAAGGUACUGCAGCUUAUAUAGUUGUACGCGGAGAAAAAGGAUUAGUUGAUUAACGUGAACAAUGAACAAACCGAAUGCGUUUUGGUUGAAAAAUAUAAAAUUUCUGGUCCUAAGAAUCAAAUUUAGUUCAUAGGAAUUAGAAAUUCUGUUCUCCCCGACGAAAAUAUUCAUCGUUACGUUGACUCAAUCUUUUUUCUCCGUGUUGCAGCAAAUGCAGUUCAUCUUUAAUAACUAAUGAGUCGUUGCUACCUAGCUACAUAGCUAAAUUGAUUACAUUCAGAACAUUGGCUGUCCCUAUUUUAGCUGCUACAGCUUGAUUUUAGCCUCUAUGGCUGAUUCUUUCUCUGAACGACAAAGGAAGCAAUCGAUCGUUUCGGGCCACCCUUUGUUUCCCCUCGAAAUUUUUAGCGAAAUUGUCAGCGUGUAUCAAAAACGUGUUAAUGCCUCGAUAAGUCAAAAUUUGUGUAGUAUUUUAUCCAUAAUUGUAAAAUGACUAGGUCAAAAUGUUAUUUAUACGAAUUAUCAGAUUGGGAAAGAUUAUCAGUCGAUAAUCGAUACAAUCGAUCAACGAUACAAGCGAAGUUUCAUAUUCAUGUGUGUAAUGAUUAAAGAUAUUAAUUAGGUUAAUCUGAAGGUCGAAUUAUUACGUCAGAAUUUUCGAGUGACUUUUAUACACGUAUGUGCAAAAGUAAUCAUGUAUGAUUUUUAUAAACACGUAUUUAGACAUGUGUGGAAUUUUCCAAUUGUGUAA